GUCGACGCGUGGGCGUUUCACAAGGACAAGGGCGGAAGUCGGAUUGCUGCACAGAUGUACUCGAAGUGCCGCAGGCUUUGGCAUGACGGGAAAAAUUGGUGGAUGUGGGACGGAAAGCGCUUUCAAAGAGACAUGAGCCAGUGUUCUUCUCGUGUCCGGUAGAUCAUCAUGCACCAGCUCAGCAGCGUGUAUGGACGACUCCGAUCAGAGUUGAAGGAAAAGCUGAGCGAGACCACCGACGACGAGGAGGCGGCAGAGCUGGCCGCUCUCCUCAAGUCCGUCAAGUCCUAUGACGCCACGCACGAGAUCUCCGAGACGUUGAAGAUUAUGGAGGGGGAAAUGUUUCUGAACCUGGCCGAAAAGUUGGACGGCAUCCCCGACAUCCUCAAUGUCCAGAACCCCGACAUCCUCAGUGUCCAGAACGGGGUGGUCGAUCUGCGCACUGGUCAUAUGGACAUCCACAGGCCGGCGUAUAUGUGCACCAUGCUAGCUGAUGUGAACUAUAAGGGCCUGGAUUACUCCACCCCCACGAUCGACCACUUUUUGGGGGACAUAUUCAACAAGGAUCAGGCCCGGAUCGACUUCAUGCAGCUGCUGUGGGGAUACUCCAUUAACGGGCGAACAUCAGCGGAAGUCCUGGUCUUCCUUCUCGGCAGCGGCGGCAAUGGCAAAGGAGUCUGCAAGCAGAUGUUGGAGACCACGUUGGGUGAUUACUACGGCGUGAUGUCAAAGGAUGCUGUGGUGAAACCUCCCAGGCAACGGCCUCCCUCCAAGGGUGCCGCGACCGGCUACCUGGCCGAGUUGCGACGCAAGCGGAUCGCCCUCACCGAUGAAACCAGCCCUGGCGAGCGCGUGGAUCUAGGGCUGGUGUUGGAAAUGACCGGAGGCGGCAAAGUGCAGGCCCGAGCGCUGUUCGAGAACAAUAGCGCCUUCCGUUUCUCCCACACGCCUUUCAUCCAGACCAACUACGACCCCGAGAUCCCGCCAACGCUUGCCAAGCAGCCCAACAUCGAACGCCGUCUGAUUGUGGUCCGUUUUCCGAACGAGUAUGUAACGGAAGGCAUGUUCGACGCUUCGAAUGCGAAUCACAGACCAGCGGACGCCGGGCUCAAGGACCUGAUGGAGACGGCGGCAGUUCGGGAGGAGUUCCUCACCUUUCUGGUGAAAGGAAGUUGCGCCUGGUUUGCUGAUCCGAAUAGCUUGAAGAGACAUCCUCCAGCAGUCCAAGCAGCGCGGGAUGCGUGGUUGCGAAAGGGGGACAAGUUGCAAACGUUCUUGAACGAGCACUGCGUUCUGGAUGUAGAGCCCUCUUUGGAACGCCCGAAAAAGAAAAGUCGGUGACUUGGGAGGAUAAUUUCUGGGGGCGGUUCCAAGUCUUUGCGGGGUUGAGAAUCCCAAAGGAGGAGCUGGCUAGACAGAUGCAGGAAAAGGGUUAUUUUAGGAAGAAGCGGCGCUACGAUGAGGGCGAUUCGGGAACGAAGAGGGCCCUUUGCUACUUGGGCAUCACGUGCGAGUACUAGUUUGGUCUCGUCGUAUCUAUUGUAACAUAUUGAAACUUCGGUGGAUUGUGGGUAGAGUCACAAGAAGAUUUGCGUUUAAAGCAGAGUUUCAAG